AUUGACACCGUGUCUCAUGCCUACCUGCUGACUCCCAAAUCGGUUUGCAGUGCUACUGUGAUGUGUACAUAAAAAUUGCGGGCACAAUGUCCAAUUGGAAUUUUAUUUAUAAACUGUUAUAUUUAUUUAUACAUUAUUGUUAUUCUGUGUUCGAAAUUCUGUGGAAUUAUGUGAAAAUCACUAUAGACUUUUGUCACGCGAUUUACCGCUUUCAAUACCAAAGCACAGUUUUGUGUAAUAAUGUGAAAAGUAUAAACAAAUUACCAAAACACAUAACGAUUCUUCUGGGUCGUGAGGAGCCUUCAUAUAGGGAUUUAGCUAAUAUAGUCCUUUGGUGUAUCUCAGCUAAUAUUCCUUUCAUUAGUUUCUAUGACUGUAAAGGACAUUUAAAAAAACACCAAUCAGAACUGGAAUAUGAAGUCAGUAAAAGGAUAAAAGAAGAGGAUCAUGUUAUAUGGCACAAUGAUCCAAAGACAAUUCAUAAAAAUGGCUUUUCUGGCAGAAAAAUCCAUAUAAAAAUAUUAUCAGAACAGGAUGGUAAAGAGAGUGUUGUGAAUUUGUGUAAAAAAAUUGCCUUGGAUGAAGUGAAAACAGACUUUAGUAUAAGAAGUAUAAAUGAAGGUUUAUUAAAGGAAUUUGAGUUUCCAGAUCCCGAUUUGGGACUCUAUUGUGGGAACAAUUUUAACUUGCAUAAUUAUCCUCAGUGGCAAAUUAGAGUUACUGAAUUUUUAAAUGUUAAAAGUCAUCACAACAUUACUUUAGAUAUGUUUAUUCAGAUGUUAUUAAGGUAUAAUAGAUGUGAACAAAGACUGGGUAAAUAGUUAUUUAAAUAAAUUAUUAAAAGCU